AUGGCAGCACGCCAUUAUAUUGCGCAGCUCGCGCGCAGAGCAGCUGGUACUGCUACUGCUAAUUCUACACCAUUAUGCAUCCAGCCAUUGAAGAACAGUGCCCUACAGAUGAGAUCAUUCGCGACGCCAGCGCCCCCUGUCACACAAAAUGCGACAGGAUCGAAAGGCCCAACAGCCAUGGUUUUCCUAAAUAUGGGCGGUCCAUCCACGGUAGACGAAGUUGGCGACUUUCUGAGCCGCUUAUUUGCAGACGCCGACCUAAUACCAUUGGGACGACUUCAAAACUAUAUAGGCCCCCUCAUCUCAAGCCGAAGAACUCCAAAGAUUCAGAAGCAAUAUGCAGAGAUUGGUGGCGGUUCCCCAAUUCGAAAAUGGUCAGAAUAUCAAAGUGAACAUAUGUGCAAGAUUCUCGACCGAAUAUCGCCUGAAACAGCGCCUCAUAAACCCUAUGUCGCAUUUCGCUAUGCAGACCCUCUAACCGAAGAAAUGUAUAAUAAAUUGCUGGCGGAUGGCUUCGGAAACGGCAAGGGAGGAAGGGCUGUGGCGUUCACACAAUAUCCUCAAUACUCUUGCUCUACAACGGGAAGCAGUCUCAAUGAACUAUGGAAAUGGCGGCAACGAUUAGAAGGGAAAUCCGGACCGGGUACGAUUCAAUGGAGUGUCAUUGACAGGUGGCCGGUACAUCCGGGAUUAGUAGAGGCAUUUGCUAGCAAUAUUGAGAAAACGCUGGCAGAGUAUCCAGAAGACCGACGGAGUCAAGUCGUCCUAUUAUUCUCAGCUCACAGCUUACCAAUGACGGUAGUCAAUCGAGGCGACCCGUACCCCGCCGAAGUUGCCGCAACAGUAUACGCCGUCAUGCAACGACUAAAGUUCUCUAACCCUUACAGAUUAUGUUGGCAGUCACAAGUCGGUCCUCAACCGUGGUUGGGUCCUCAAACCCAGAGCUCGGUUGAGGAAUAUAUCGCCAAGGGACAAAAAGACCUUGUUCUUAUCCCCAUUGCGUUUACUUCUGAUCAUAUCGAAACGCUCUUUGAGCUCGACAAAGAGGUAAUAGGAGAGUCCGGCCAUGCAGACACAGUUAAACGAGUAGAAAGUCUUAACGGUAACCCCAUAUUUAUUGAUGCUCUCGCAAACCUUGCGAAGAGUCACUUGGACAGUGGCGUUGCGUGCUCGCACCAGAUGGGCCUGAGGUGCCCUGGUUGCAAGAGUGAACGAUGUUCCGAGUCGAAGAAGUUCUUUGCCUCGCCAGAAAAUGCUUUUGCAGUAUAGGAUAUGCAACUAUUUUCUCGGGAAUCAUCAUGCUCAUUAAGACAUCAACACAUCUGUAACUGAUUUUUUGGUAGUCGAGAGUGACUAGAAAAUUAGGCGUUUUGGUAUUAGCCAACUACUUAUUUAGUGUUUGGGUGUGUUAUACGAAUCGCGUUGGAUUAGAAAUCAAUCAGUUUUGAUUGAAUGAACCUAACGACUCCCAGUUUAUGUAUUAAUAAAUAUGAAUAGAACGUUCAAGACUCAGCUGUUCAAUAUAUAUCACUACUUCAAGCAAUUCCCCUUAUCUACCUC